AUGAAAUCUUAUUCUAUAAUAAACAUUUUAAAUUCCUAAAAAACGUAAAUAAAUUAUAUUUUAAAGAAUGAUGUUAAGUAAAUAACGUAAUCGGUGAAAUAUCCUUUGAUGUGAAUACCUUAAAAUGGGUGAUAGCAGUGAUUCUGAAGAGUUCUAUGAUGCGGAAGACUUCACACCAGCAAGAGGCUCAAAAAGAUCAUCGCUAUGUAAAAGUAUCAGUGUUACCGACAAUUCUAGCAGUUCAGACAAAGAGAAACCAUCAACUUUAAAAGCUGAAGAAUUGAAGGUUUCACCGGCUGUUUGUGCUACCAGCCCAGCUAAAGAAACACCUGUUGAUGAAAGAUCAACCGUUAAACAUGUGGUGCAAGGCAGACGUAGGUUCCAAGAGCUUCGAAGAUGUAUGCAAACUGAGGAAGAAGAUGAGCCAGAGGUACCUCAAGCAUCAGAACAUACAUAUGCAUUGGAACAUCCAUUCAAAAUUAUAUCCCAUGAUACGAUGAGCUUGCAAAGUAUGACGUCUUUGGGAAGGAUUGGUAGGAUACUAAGCGGAGCGGCUGAAUCACAUCCAAAUAUACGGGAGAAUGUUCCAGCCCCAUCUUCCUCGUCAAGGGAACCCUCAACAUCUGACGAUCCACUUGCUACGGAUCGGACGCAAAACGUGCUGGCGAUGGCCGAGCCGGAUGUGAUAGCCAGUACGAAGGCGAACAGCCUCAAGAAUAACCGAGGUUCGUCAGCCGUAGUGGCUGUCUGUCACACCUCUUGUCUUCCAGCUCCAGUAGCGCCCCCUCGGAAGAAGAAGCGUAACAAACUCCACGGGUCUCAAUCGCUCUCAACUACUGAGGGUGAUAAUCUCAGCGUGUGUACUACUGACACGGAUGAACUACGAUACGUGAGGCGGGAUAAGCCACAUCUUGAUUCGUUGAGGGUUGAGGCCGCACAGCCCAUUCCACCGAAUCAAUGUAUGGCUUUACCAAGUCCCGCCAGCACAAUCGAAUCACUGACCAGAGAGUUCCAGGACUCAUUAGAACUCUCACAUUCCAAAUAUGCAAGUGAUAUGUCUCUACCAGAGAUGUGGUCCUCCCCGGCUCCACCCCCAGUUCGGCCUAACGUUGCAGCAGUGGCACCGCAUACAAAAGAUGCUUUAGCUGUUAAUGGUGCACGUAGUGAGAGCGAGUGUCGUACGUCGCGUACGCACAGCGAAGGACGGCCGCUGACUUCUAGCUUAGGGUCCAAUGGCAGACGUUCGGAAACAUCGCGCGCUCGUCGUCGCUCAGCGGGCGAUUCUCCUGCGGAAGGCGAAGGGGAGGGACUCAGGGCAAGAUGCGUCUCCGGAAGGCAGCUCUCGGAUAUAGAGAUACUGGAACAGGUCACUGUUCUUAAUCUUGAUACUGUGUGUCCUGUUCUAGGAGAACGCAUGCCGCUAAGCGUCGCCGAACACAAGUUGCCUCAAUGCAUCAAUCCACUAAGUCUUCACAUCAUGCGACUGACUUCGGAGUACAUAGGACGGACUAACGAUGACGAACACAACAGUAGUCGGUCAAGCAGUCCCCUCGUCCAAUUGAAGAGACGGCCCAUGAGUGUCUGGAAACGCUGGUCGGUUUACAGUACUGGGGUCUUGCGAAGAUCGCCUUCCGCGCCCUUACAUCUGACCGAGUCUAGCUUCUCCAUCGAUAAUAGAGAGACCGACGAGGAAAGUGAAAGUGUUUGCGCUGGUGGCGUUGAAGACGAGACAAAAGAGGCGAAGAGAGAGUCUGCUGACAGACAAACGACAGCCAUCAAACGGAAGACUGACAAUGUGAUUCGCGCUGAACUAGUGAAGUGUCACUCGCACGACAACAUUAAUAUCAGACUGAAGCGAUUCUUCGGUACAACAGUAAAAAAGACAGUGGAUGCUGCAAAAUCCCUCGCACAAGAAGUGUCUCAUGCCAGACAUAAAGAAGAUGUGGCAGAAAUUGCAGACGACGUCCGUGGGGAGCAUAAUAUUAAGCUUAAAGCUUCGAAUUCUCAUAAGGGACCUUAUGACUUUGAUGGUUGUGUGAGAUAUGUUCAGGAGCUGGGAAGUAUGGAGGCGGGCGUGGGUGGUCACGUGGGUGCGGUUUGGUGUUGCAAGUUCAGUGUGUGUGGACGAUUGCUUGCCACCGCUGGGCAGGACCGAUUGUUGAGGGUCUGGGUCACUAGGGACGCACACCAUAUGUUCCAGGAUAUGCGCACAAAGUACAACGCCGAACAAAAAUCGUCACCCACCCCUUCCCAAGAAUCUCUCGCGUCCCUCGCCCCCCCUCCAUCUCCCGAUCACCUCCCCCCUCUCGGCCCCGGCGCCCCUUUCUCACCCCACCCCUUCUGCGUAUACUCCGGACACAACUCGGACCUUCUAGACGUGUCCUGGUCCAAGAACUAUUUCAUACUGUCCAGUUCUAUGGACAAAACUGUCAGAUUGUGGCACAUUUCGAGGGGGGAGUGCCUCUGCUGCUUCCAACAUAUCGAUUUUGUGACGGCGAUCGUGUUCCAUCCCAGGGAUGAUAGAUACUUCCUGUCUGGAAGUCUGGAUGGAAAGUUGAGGCUCUGGAAUAUUCCUGAUAAGAAGGUCGCCGUAUGGAAUGAAGUUGACGGCAAAACGAAACUCAUAACCGCGGCUAACUUCUGUCAGAAUGGCAAAUUCGCUGUCGUGGGCACAUAUGACGGCAGAUGCAUCUUCUACACGACAGAUCAGCUGAAAUACCACACACAGAUCGACGUUCGAUCAACUAGAGGAAAGAACUCGACGGGAAGGAAAAUCAGUGGAAUCGAACCUAUGCCCAAUGAUGACAAAAUCCUGGUGACGUCCAACGAUAGUAGAGUGAGGCUGUAUGAUCUAAGGGAUUUGAAUUUGUCCUGUAAAUAUAAGGGAAAAGGAUACGUAAACGUCUCGAGCCAAAUAAAAGCGUCAUUUUCGCACGACGGAAAGUACAUAGUCAGCGGGUCGGAGAACCAGUGCAUAUAUAUCUGGAAGACCUGCCACGACUACUCCAAGUUCACGUCAGUCAGGCGGGACCGAAAUGACUUCUGGGAGGGAAUUAAGGCACACAACGCGGUGGUCACCUGUGCCAUAUUCGCCCCUAACCCUGAUAAUAUGAUUCGGACCAUCAAUGAGAGAGAAGAGAAGUUGAAUGAGAGUCGGGGAGAGAAAGAGGAAGUGAAGGCCCCGGAAGGUGGUAUGGUAUCAUCGUCUCAAACGGGUCAUGUUCUCGUAAGCGCCGACUUCAAUGGCUGUAUAAAAGUAUUUGUGCACAAAGCGAAACCCAAACACUCAUCAUUACCUGCGUCUGCGCUUACCUAAUUCCUAGACUUGCAUGGGACUAGAAACAUUGCAAGCGUGACCAAUCUAUGUAUUUGGUCACGUGACCAAGCCUACCAUACAAACAUAUUAACACCGCAACAAAUCCAAUACAAAAAUACAUUUUUAAUUCAAACAAAAUCUCCAGCUUAUAAUUAUAUAGGAGUCGCGCCUAUCGCGUUAUUUUAUUGGGUCUGUAUCUGAAGCAAAUCUCCAAAGAUAUUUUCUUUUAGAACAUUUACAUUUGUAAUCUGGCGCUACAAUUCCGUCAGUUUGCGUCUUUGUAAUUAACACAAUCAAUAAAUAUAGUAUUGUCUUUUAUUAACAUUAAUUUAAUUAACAUUAAAUUUACACAUUUAAAGAAAACACUUUUUUAACGGAUUGAAGCUGUAAUAAACUUAUAAUUAUUUUACAUAAUAUUUUAAGACAAAAGGUUAACGUCGAAUGAUGAAUACAUAGCUUUAAUCCAUUAAAAAAGUGUUUUCUUUAAAGGAAUAAAUGCUAUUUCAAUUUACGGAAGUAUUGAGUAGACGGAAAUUCUAUCAGAAUAAUAUAUCAGAGGAAGGCAAGCACUUGCUCCUCUGGGGACGAGAUACCUGGACUCCGAAAGUACCCACAAUUGGGGAGCACAAAAAGGGGGGCACUAACUAGUCAAAGUGUAAGCAAUAGAUUUCCUCAUAAACAUUUUUUUUUCUAAUGUUUGAUUAUAAAAGUAAGUGUUAUUAUUGCGCUAUGACAACUAAACUUGAAUUCUCUUCAUCCUGAAUAUUUCAUAUCAUCUUAUAUACUUCGGACUUAUACUCUAAGUUGAAUAUUGCGUAAUAUAAACGAUAGAUUUCUGUUUGAAAAUAUUGAUUGAGUUCGUCAAAUAUUCGUAUACGAUAAUUGUCGUUACGUAUUUUAUUCGAACUGUGCUUUUUCGUGCUUUGUUAUAAAUACGCUUUGGAGGACUUCUUAGAUUUUCUAUAUUAUCGUUAGUUUUUGUACUUUACGAGUUCGUGUUAGGCUUCUAUUUAAAACAAUAACGAACAUCAUAUACGAAUACUUAACGAAACUAUCGUAGUUUAUCGUACUUAACCAUAGCGUAUCACGUAUACGUCACACAAUAAAUUCAGCUUCUCAAUACAAAAAUUGAUUUUUUCUAUUGUUAUAUUAUGGUAACAUCGUGCGUUAUACUGAUGUGCUCAAUGCACUGUUUUCCAGUUGACUUUGUACAUACUUAGGGUGUAGCUUUGAGCUUUUAAGGAACUUAUAAAUCUUCCAACGAACUUGUCUUCUUAAAAAGUAAAUGAGCGUGAUUUGCACAUAUUCGGGAGCGUUCAAGUAUUAUGUAACAAAUUUGGGGGGUCUGGGGGGGAGUCCUCAUGUAAAACGUUACGACGCGGGGCGGGCCCCGUGAACGUAAUUCAAUCCGGGGAUUGAAUUACGCGUGAUUGUUAAUAUAACUUUCCAGUACUUUACACCACAUAAUGGUAACUUCUAGGUAUAAAGAGUCACUGGGCUUGGUCACGAAACAUCAAGAAUCUCCAAAAAUUGCGUGACGUAAUACUUGAACGCUUAUACCUUCAGUGACUCCAACAUGUUUCUAGCCAUUUUAGACCCUAUAACUAAACCUAAGUGAAGCGAAGAAAAAUAAUAUAAAAUGCAUUGUAGACACUGCAUUCUCGCCUUAUUAAUAUUUCUGACUAGUCGUGUGUCAUUACAUCGUAAACACAAUUUGAUACACAGUGUAACUGACCUUUAGUUCAGAGUGCAAUUAGGCUGAUUUCAUUAUAAUUAAAAUUUGAAGGGUUAAUUUCUGGGUGACAAGACCAGCAAACCAUCAUAUGAAAUUUCAUUAUUAAUUUUAUUACAAAUUGUUUGUUUUUAUGCAUGAUUAAAUCAUAUUAAAAUUUAUUUAGAAAACAUUAAAAAUGUAUUCGUGGCGUAUUUUAUUGCGCGAUUGUAUAUUUUCCUAUUUAUCAAAAAUAUGUAUAUUUGUUAAGAGUUUAUCUUUUUUAUUUGUAAGUUCUUGCCUCUGUUUAUUGUGAUUAAUAAAAAUAAGUGUAAAAAUAGUUGUAUUGAUCGUGAUGCCAUCGUAAUGUUUUAUUUGUAUAAACUGGCAUUUCUUUGAAAUAAAGGGGUAUAUUAACAUGUU